AUUUCGACUGAUGUUUAUUCUGCGUCUUACUGAAGAACAAAAGGAGGGAAAAAAAUCUCUGUUCUUCACUACUGGAAAACGUCUGUGUUAAAAAAAAAAAUGUAAAUGCUUUUAUCUCUUUGGUCGCAUACUUUGAGGAACUUUUCUUCUCCAGAAACAAACCUACUGAGGCAUUGUGAGGAACCAUGGGGAGCUUCAAGGGCCAUGCACUUCCUGGAAGCUUCUUCCUUGUAGCCGGGCUCUGGUGGACUGGAAAGUACUCCCUCUGGUACGCCACCCGCAGGAACAAGAGUUUGGGCUCCACUCGACUGGCCAGCAGAGCGUCGCAGCGCCGCCUGGAGGUCAUCGAAAGCUCUGUCAUCAUCUUCUUCUCUGUUGUUGGGAUGCUGGCCGAGCAGUUUGCGGCAGACGGACCCAGAUUCCAGUUGUAUGACGUUGCAGAGAAACACUGGAUAUAUCUGAUGAACUGGCAGCACGCCACCAUGUACCUUUUCUUUGGUCUGGCAGGGACGGUCUCUCUGAUCAUCCACACCACAGAGGCUGCCCCUCUGGCACUGGAUAGACUAAUGCUGGCUGUUUCUUUCUUUAUUGAAGGGUUUCUUUUCCUCUACCACCUCCACGGCAGGACUCUGCUGGACGUCCACGUGCAUCAGCUCCUGCUCUACGCUGUUUUCGGACAGGCUCUCGUCGCCUUCCUGGAGAUCUUCCACAGAGGCAACAUCAUUCUGGAGCUGCUGCGGUGCACACUCACUAUUUUACAGGGAAGCUGGUUCUGGCAGAUUGGAUUUGUGCUGUACCCGCCCAGCAGUCCUGAGUGGGACAUGAAGGACCACAGCAAUGUGAUGUUCAUUACCAUGUGUUAUUGCUGGCACCUGGCCUUUGGCAUGCUAGUUGUGAGCGUGCUCUACUGCACCGUCAGCUGUGUGGUCCGCUCCAGGUUGAAGAGGACUCCUCCAAUGGAAAUGGGACUUCUGAAGCCCCGAGAGAGGGAGCCGGAGUCAGAGGAUGAGAUUUUGUGAAGCCCCGUGUUCUUCAUCCCUCAAACAUUUUUCACAUGUAAUUAGGGGCCGGGCAGCCUAAGCUUC